GCAUAUAUCAAAGGUAAUUCUACUAGAAGCACUUCGCCGGAGCCAAAAGUCUAUUAUAUACACUCCGCAUUCUUGUUGCUGUCUGGAUUUUGUGAAGAAGUAACGAUAUACAAUUGUGCGGUUGUUUAAAAUGCGUGACAAGGGCGAGCCUGUAAACAAAAAUAAUAGAGUUAUUGAAAAAUUGUCGUCAAUUUUCGGCAAACCUGUUGUGAAAAGGACUUCUAUACCUGACUGCUUUUGGGCGCUUUUCGCCCUAAGUACAUGCCUGAAAGUAUUACUAAUUCCCGCAUACUAUUCAACUGACUUUGAAGUGCACCGCAACUGGUUAGCCAUAACCCAUAGUCUUCCAUUAAAUCGCUGGUAUGUGGAUGCAACUAGUGAGUGGACACUGGAUUACCCACCAUUCUUUGCGUAUUUUGAGUGGCUGCUCUCGCAGCUGGCUCAAUAUGUCGAUCCACACAUGCUAGACGUGCACAAUCUAAACUAUGCCUCUGAGAGGACAGUAUAUUUCCAACGCAUAUCGGUGAUAGUGGUGGAUCUAGUCUAUGCAUUGGGCGUGUAUAGUUGCUUGCGGGCGCUGGGAAUUGCUAAAAAGACGCAACAGCAUUUGGCCGGCUGCCUGCUACUACUCUUUAAUGUAGGCCUCAUAUUUGUGGACCACAUCCAUUUUCAGUACAAUGGCCUUCUGUUUGGCAUUCUAUUGCUGAGCAUAAGCGCUCUGCUCAAUGAUCGUUAUCUGCUAAGUGCCUUCAGCUUUGCGAUACUGCUCAACUUUAAGCAUAUUUUCCUUUAUAUGGCACCAGCCUUUGGUGUUUAUCUCUUGAGGUUCUAUUGCCUAAACAAGGGAAGGAGUAUUUUAAACACAGUAAAUGCGAUGAUGAAACUUUUGGCCGUAGGUCUUACGCCAUUUGUGCUCUCAUUUGGGCCAUUCUGGCAUCAAAUUCCGCAAGUGUUGUCACGUCUCUUUCCCUUUAAGCGUGGCCUUACGCAUGCCUACUGGGCACCCAAUCUUUGGGCGCUCUAUAACACUGCUGACAAGGUGGCUGCUGUUGCCCUGCGUCGUGAAAAGUCUAAGGAUGGUGACCCGACUACAACGUCAGGUCUUGUGCAGGAAACUCGUCACCUUGUGUUGCCCAACAUAUCACCAGCUGUAACUUUUGCGUUAACAUUGGCAUUUAUGAUGCCCAUCCUGUUGAAACUGCUGCUAACCUCUUCAACAAAGCGAGCUAAACUGAUCUUUCUUCGCGCUGUUGUCUUAUGUGCCUGCUCCUCCUUCGUGUUUGGCUGGCAUGUGCACGAAAAGGCAAUACUCAUGUGUUUGAUACCAAUUUGCUUACUUGCUCUGUUGGAUCGCACGGACGCCAAAUAUGCCUACUUGUUGAGCGUUGUCGGAUAUUUCUCGCUCUUUCCGCUGCUAUUUGAAGUAGACCUAAUACUUCAACGCAGAAUCCAGCGACGAUUGCUUUAAAAAAGGAACCUAUAUCGAAUUAUCCACGGGUACAGUACGACGUGUUGAGGACAUUCGCACCGAAGACUUUAUACAGUCAGCC